ACCACGUGACAUGUGUGGCCAGAGCUGCUGGGUGCAGCACUGAAGGGGUGCCCUCUGCUGGAGUUUCCAGUAUUGUGAAAGCGGAGAGGAUGCGGAAAUCUCCUGCUCUCACAUCCCUGUAUCCGUGAUCGGUGCGGGUGGCAGGACCUCAGCUGGACGUGAACAUGAGUAAGACUAUAUCACCAUCCACUUAUGUCCGUAACCUCAGCCCUGGACUUCUCCGUCAGUUGGCUGAUUUUCUUGAUCCCCAAGAAGGAUGGAAAAGACUGGCUGUUGACAUAAAGAAAUCUUCAGGAGAGUCUCGUUAUACACAGUUUCAUAUAAGGCGCUUUGAAGGGGUUAUUCAGAAGGGUAAAAGCCCUACACAUGAGUUGCUUUAUGACUGGGGGACAACAAACUGCACGGUGCAAGAUCUCGGUGACCUUCUGCGGAGGAAUGAAUUCUUGACGGCAGCUUCCCUUUUUCCAUGUGCAGAGACAGCAACAAGAUCUCGAUGUCAAACUCUUCCUAUGGAUGAAUUGCAGGCACCACAGACAACUUUUGAGACGAGUAGCAAAACGGAAUAUGGAAACCCUGUUUCUGAAAGCACAGAAGCAGAAGAAAAUGACGAAGAGACAUCAGGUUUUGGCAUUUUUUCCUUUAACCAGCUGAAGAGAAUUACAAGAGACUUUGAUGAUCGACCACUUUCUGAUGGAGGAUGUAAAAUUGGAGAGGGUGGCUUUGGAGUUGUUUUCCAGGGCCACUUGAAGGGUGAAAAAGUGGCAGUGAAAAAACUGACGACUAUGGCUGAUGCUAGUUUGCAAGAACUUCAAGAUCAGUUUGAACAAGAAAUAAAAACAAUGGCUCGAUGUCACCAUGAAAACAUUGUAAAACUACUUGGCUUCUCCAAUGAUGGUGCCAGUUACUGCCUGGUCUACACAUUUAUGUCCAAUGGAUCUUUACUGGACCGGCUGGCUUGUGUGAAUAGCACAGAUCCAUUGUCCUGGAGUAGGAGAUGUAGUAUUGUACUGGGAACAGCACAUGGAAUCAAAUAUUUGCAUGAAAACAACCACGUCCACAGAGACAUUAAAAGUGCAAAUAUCCUUCUGGAUGAUAGUUUUACUCCUAAAAUCUCUGACUUUGGCCUUGCGAGAGCAACUGGGCACCUGGCAAGGACCAUGAUGACCGAAAGAAUUGUAGGCACCACAGCAUACAUGGCCCCAGAAGCCCUACGGGGAGAAGUCACUAUAAAAUCUGAUAUAUUCAGCUUUGGAGUGGUAUUGUUGGAAAUAAUCUCUGGACUUGCACCAUGUGAUGAGGAUCGGAAUCCAGCAUUACUGCUUGACAUCAAAGAAGAAAUUGAGGAGGAAGAAAAAACUCUUGAGGAAUAUGUGGAUAUAAAGAUGGAAGAUGCAGAGCUCCACGUCAUAGAAAAAAUGUACUGCAUUUCUAGUCAGUGCUUGAACCAAAUAAAAAAUAAGAGGCCAAACAUUAACACGGUGCUGCAUGACUUGGGAAAUAUCACCUGCAUCCAUUCUGGGUCCUGACUUGUGCUACAUUUUUUGCAUAUAUAUAUAUUUCAUAUAUUUUUAUUUAAAUAGAUUGUAAUAUUUGACAUUUUGUUUCCAAAUAUAUGAAAGCCAAACAUUAAUAAAGAGGCCCUAGGAAGGAAAGAAAGUGAACGUCUUUGGGGUGUAAGGUUGGAAUCGCAAAUUAAAGUUUUUGGUGCAGUGA